AUGUGGCUCAUCAAUGUUCAUACUGGGAAGCUCGAGAAGCACAUGGUCGCGCCACCGUACGCCAUACUUUCCCAUACCUGGCGCGACAGCGAGAUUUCCUUUCAAGACAGGACGACUUACGCAGACAUCGACACUUGUUGCAUCGACAAGAGCAGCAGUCCUGAGCUCUCGGAAGCCAUAAACUCCAUGUUCCGAUGGUACAGGGAUUCCGCAGUGUGUUUCGCGUACCUAGAAGACCUCCCUAUCGGCCAGGGCGCGGCUACCAAACUGGAGCUGGAGAGAUGCCGAUGGUUUACGAGAGGAUGGACGCUCCAGGAGCUGAUUGUCCCGACCGCGGUGCGAUUCUAUGAUCGGGGUUGGAAUGAUAGAGGUACCAAGGCGGCCCUCCGGGGCGCAGUAUCGCGGAUCACGGGCGUCCGGCUGGGGGUUCUGCUCGGUGAGGACCUGAGCCGGCUCGGCAGCAUCCCCGUGGCUGUGAGGAUGUCUUGGGCUUCGCGUAGGACGACAACCCUCCCAGAGGACAUGGCCUUGAUAUACGGCGAGGGAGCUAACGCUUUCAUACGCUUGCAAGAAGAGAUCAUUAAGCGCAUCAACGACCUGAGCAUUCUGGCCUGGGACUCCAGAGAAAGAUGCCGCAUCGGGCCGUACUGUGGCAUAUUGGCCGCGUCGCCUGCCGACUUCGCUCAUGCUUCUCGCAACUUCGCCACCACCUCCUAG